UAAAUCUAUGACGGGAGUUUGUCCGUGCCGCACGUGAACGCAUCAUACGAUUGGGUUCCUCGGGCGAGUGAAGGCGGUUCGAGCUCCACCUGCUCUGUCGUAAAACGGUCAACUCCAGCUGAGAGCCUCCGCACAUCACCGGCACAGGGAAAGAUAAACUGAGACGCUGAAAUCCUCCGGGGAGCAGCAACCGCGGCGUGCGUCAUCUCAGGAGCUGGCGUUAAACCAAACAAACUUCCAGGGAGAUGGUGAUUCCAUACGAGGGCCAGUGUUACUCUGCGCUGAAGAGGCAGUGCCAGCACAACGGAUGUCUGUUUGAGGACCCUCUGUUUCCUGCGUCAGACCAGUCGUUGUUCUACCUGAACAAUAAUAUCGGCGAUAUCACCUGGAAAAGGCCGAAGGAGAUACACAGUGACCCCCAUCUGUUUGUGCACGGCAUCAGUGCCCGCGACCUGCACCAGGGGCAUCUGGGAAACUGCUGGUUUAUAGCCGCCUGCUCCAGUUUGGCCUCCAGAGAACCACUAUGGCAUAAGGUGAUUCCUGACUGGAGGAGCCAGGAGUGGGAUAAAAUCAACCCAGGGUCUUACGCUGGGAUCUUCCACUUCCGGUUCUGGCGUUUUGGUGACUGGGUGGACGUGGUGAUCGAUGACCGGCUCCCCUCACUGAACGGACAGCUGGUGUACUGCCACUCUAAUGACAAAAAUGAGUUCUGGUGCGCCCUGCUGGAGAAGGCCUACGCCAAGAUGCAUGGGUGCUAUGAGGCACUGGACGGGGGCAACACGGCCGACGCUCUGGUGGAUUUCACCGGGGGCGUGUCGCAGUCAAUAGACUUAACAGCGAACGGGCUCAAAGAAGAUGAAGAUAAACGCAGUGAGCUGUUUGAGAAAGUCCUGAAAGUCCACCAGAGAGGAGGCCUCAUCAGUGGCUCAAUCCGGGCAACCAGUAUAGAGGAAAUGGAGGCCAAGCUGGAUUGUGGCCUGGUGAAAGGUCAUGCCUACGCGGUGACGGAUGUCCGCAAGGUGAGGCUGGGCCACGGCCUCCUGGCCUACCUUAAGUCAGACAAACUCACCAUGAUCCGCCUGAGGAACCCCUGGGGACAGACGGAGUGGACCGGGGCAUGGAGCGACAGCUCUGAAGAGUGGACGAAGGUCAGUAAGAGUGAGAGGGAGAAGAUCGGUGUCACUGUGGAUGAUGAUGGAGAGUUCUGGAUGACAUUUGAUGACUUUGUUGCCCACUACACGGACCUUGUCAUAUGUGCUCUCAUCAACACAGCCGUCCUGAGUAUCCAUAAGACCUGGGAGGAGUCCAUGUUGCGGGGCUCCUGGCGCUGCCAUGAUGACCCACUUUUCAACAGAGCCGGAGGCUGCUCCAACAACAAGCACUCCUUCCUCCAGAACCCACAGUACGUGUUUGAUGUGAAGAAGCCAGAUGAUGAGGUCCUGAUCUGCCUGCAGCAGAAGGAUCGCAGAGCCAGACUGAAAGAGGGGCGAGGAGAAAAUCUGGCUAUUGGCUUCGACAUACGAAGAGUGGAGGUGAACAGGCUCUACCGUAUGCAUUCCAUCCAGCAGAAGGAGGGUGGGGCCGUCUACUGCAACUCCAGGUCUGUGUUCCUACAGAUCAUCCUGAAAGAGGGGCGGUAUGUCAUCAUACCCACGACCUUUGACCCAGGCCUGGAAGGAGAAUUCCUGCUCCGCCUCUUCACCGACAUGUCCUCGGACUGCAGGGAGUUGACUCUGGAUGAGCCUCCACAGACAUGCUGGUCCGGCAUGUUUGGGUAUCCCUCUCUGGUCACUCAGGUCCAUGUAGUGAAUGCUCACGGUCUCCCAGGACAAGACUUGAAUGGAGGUAGACUUUUUUUUUUCUUACCGAUGACGCAGAAACACUUUGCAGGAUAUUUGCUUAACAGACUCACUAAUAUCCAGUAUUCAAUGACGUUACUGUGGCACUCUGGAGUUCUCUGUGUUAGGUGUUAUGUCCUAUUACUGUUGUCUUGCAGCCCCAGCUUUACAUGUGGACAGGCAUUUAUAUUGUUUGUAUCAUUUCUAAAACAGCUGCUGUCACCGAUGUUGUUUUCCUGUCAGUAGAUGGCAGCAGCAGCU